AUAAAUAAAUAUUUUUUUCUUUUCUUUUCUUUUUUAUAUUUUUAAAUAAAAUAAAAAAUAAAAUAAAUGAUGGGUUACAUUUCUCUGUCCCUGAUUGCAUUACUUGUAGUUUUUGCGCCACCGGUGGUUCUAGCCGACGAUAUAACUCCGAUUCCCGCGGAAAAAGCCCAAGUUGAGCCAUGGUUCAAGGCCAACGUUCAACCCUUUCCCGCGAGACGAGGCACACUCGACCCCGAUCUCGAAGCUGCUGAAGCAUCACCACGUAUCAUCACCGUGAACCAAAAAGGAGGCGGCGAUUUUACGUCAGUAAACGCAGCGAUCAAGAGCAUUCCGGUAGGAAACAAGAUCCGUGUGAUCAUCAAGUUGGCUCCUGGUGUAUACAAAGAGAAAGUCACAGUUGACGUAGGCCGACCAUUCGUUACAUUGCUUGGCAAACCUGGUGCUGAAACCAACUUGACGUUCCAUGGAACCUCCGCUAAAUACGGCACCGUAGAGAGUGCCACGCUGAUCGUCUGGGCCAAAUAUUUUAUGGCAGCCAACUUACACAUUUUAAAUACUGCUCCGAUGCCGAAACCAGGUACACAAGGACAAGCUCUAGCUAUGAGGAUCAACGCCGAUAAGGCUGCUUUCUACAACUGCAGAUUCUAUGGUUUUCAGGACACUCUUUGCGACGAUAGGGGCAACCAUUUCUUUAAGGACUGUUACAUUGAAGGAACCUAUGAUUUUAUUUUCGGAAGAGGAGCUUCCUUGUACUUGAAUACGCAAUUGCAUGCUGUUGGAGAUGGAUUAAGAGUGAUCACAGCACACAAUCGACAGAAUUCAAACGACCAAAGCGGGUAUUCGUUUGUGCAUUGCAAGGUUACUGGAGUCGGAACCGGGAUCUACUUGGGUAGGGCUUGGAUGAGCCACCCUAAGGUCGUAUAUGCCUACACUGAGAUGUCCAGUGUCGUCAACCCAUCCGGAUGGCAAGAGAACAGGGUGCGCGAGCAUGACAAGACGGUGUUUUAUGGAGAAUACAUGUGCACGGGACCAGGAUCACACAAAGCUAAGAGAGUGGCACAUACACAAGACAUUGACAACAAAGAAGCUAACCAUUUCCUUUCCCUCGGCUAUAUCAAAGGCUCUUCAUGGCUUCUCCCUUCUCCCGUUUACUAAACUACACCCCUUCAUAACAAAAAUUCUAUAAUUUUCACCCAAAAAAAAAAAUGUAUAUGGUACACAGUUGUACAUUUUAUUCUCUAAGAAAUCCUCUCUUCCUGUUAUGAUGGAGGAGUAGAGACUUGUGUAGUUUUGGUUUUAUUAUAAUAAAGUCGAUUAUUG